AUGAUGUGCGGGGCUCCUCCGCCUCGCGGCGCCCCUGCGACCCAGUCGCUGCCAGCGUGCGUCCGCGGGAGCUGCGGGGGUGUCACGGGGGUCAAGGUUACGUGGCGCCACCUGUGCGCGGAACGGCGGAGGUGCUGUGCCCCGGGAUCGCUGGGGCGCGGGCGCAGGCGGCAACCGGCGCGCCGGGAAGCCGCGCUCUCCUCUCCCGCGCGGAGUCUGGGCGGCCGUUGGAGGGAACAAAAGGGAAAGCGAAAGAGACCCUGGUUUCGCAGCCCCGCCCCCAGAUCCUCCUCGCCCCACUCUGCCCCGCCCUCCCCUGUACGCCACCGGGAGAGCCCCCAGACCUGCCCGACGCGAGCGGGGAUUGGGGUGCAGCCUACAGCAAAUGGAGAGCGACCCUCUUUAGUGCAGGCGGGCGCAGCGCCGGUGGAGGCAGUGCGGUGCGUGCUGCGUCCAGCUCCCUCCGCCGGCCCGCAAGUCCGCGCGGAAUUGCCGGCGCCCUCCAGCGGCCCUGACUUCGGGGUCUACCCCAGCCCCACCCGUCUCCCGGGGUUCAGGUGUCCCGCAAGUGAGUUCAAAGACACAGCUCCAGAGGAGGGACGGACUCAGAACGCCCUAAUCUGCCACCCAGUGAGAGCUCCGCAGAGCUGCCCUAAGAGGCCUGUCCCCCGUGGUGACAGACCGCUCCGUGACCCUACCCCGAGGAGCUUCCAAUCGGGAGAAACCAAGAUCUGGUGCUGGGCGUGUUCACCGCGACAGGUGUGUCUUGCUGCUAGGCCUUGUCGGCAGACAGAGCUAGGAGAUUUCCGUCUCUACAUCUCACACUUCUCUAUGUGGAGUCCUUCCCUGCCUUUCCGCGGGGGUCUGGCUGGAUCCCCUGAAGUAGCAGGCCUGGGAGUGGAGAGGGCAGGGAGCUCCCGCGCCAGAAGGCCCUAGCACACCCCACAACCCUCUCCCUCCCUGCCUGCCUUGCUGGUUGCUGACAUGACGCCUCUGGUUGAACCUUGGGGCUCUUCUGUUCCCUCAGAGCGCUCUGGCUGGCAAGCCCCGGUGUUCCAGGAGCCUCCUCGCCUGGGGUCCUCACUCCCACCUCCUCCGCCCACCCUUUGCCUCCUAUGGCAGCUCCAGCCUCCUUCCCUUCCUCGGGCAGGUCCCCUCCUUUACCUCUCGUGGGCCAGAGGCCACUCUGUGGGCUUUACCCCACUGCCCAUCUCUCACGCACACCCUGGCAAGGACCCCCAUCUUGGCCUCCAGUCCUCAGUUUCCUGCACUAUCCACAGGCCGCUCCCCUUAGUCUGCAGGUUACCCCUGGUGGAGUCCCAUUUUACACGCCCCGCCCUCCGCUGCUCCCUUGGGCUUUCCCAUUCUGCCUGCGCUGUGCCCCUGCCCCUGCAGCAGGUGGGUUCUGCCGGCUCCAGCUCCGAGGCUCGGAACCCUGUGGAGCCUUAGGAAUCGGCCACAUCUCCCCGGGCUGCCCCUCGCUAGGAUUUGGGUGAGUCUACUUUCUCCGGGGUCCCGUCCAUCUAAUGUCCUCUUGCCCUUAGUGAGGGUCCAGGAGCCCUCCCUGCCCCCUCUCCCGCCGCCCUCUUCCUGGCCUAGGACAGAGGGAAGGGUUCCCACGUCCACAUCCUUGUCUUCUGCCUUCCACUCUGCACCCAGGCUUUAGCUCUCUGUACAGCGCUGAUGCUGCUGGCACAGCCACGGCCCUUCCCUGCCAGGUCGGCUCCUCCUUGCUUCCUGCUCUUCCCCCUCCGAGUCUCAGGGGCUCUGCUGCUCUCACCCGCAAGCCGGCGGCAGCUGGGGACCUUUGAACACCACCCCCCUCAGCGGACAGCUGCCAAGCUUUGGUCUUGGGGCUCUCUCCAAGGACCCCGGGGUGGGCCUGGAGCCCCGGGGCAAGCAGGAUCGAAGGGGUGCCGGGGGGGGAGGAGGUGCUGGUGGGCCACCCCGGCGGAGGCAGCACCCCCAGGAGUUCUGGCCCGGCGCCCAGCGGCUAGCGUGCGUGGGAAGCUUUAAUGGCCUGGCACCGAGGAGCGGGGCGGAGCGGGCCUGGCCGGCAGGAGCCGGCGUCACCAGAUGAACAUAGGCUUGCCAUCGUCAUGCGCCAGCUGGUUGAGGCAGGAGAGCAGCAGCAGGGCGUCGGUGAGCAUGCUGGGGUGCACGGUCUCCACCAGCACGCGCUGCAGGAAGUCCACGGUGUAGGAGCCGCCCUCGGACGCGGCCAGCUCUGGCCUCUCACGCAGGAUCCCGUAGGCGUUCACCAGCUGCUCGGUGAGCGCCGGGUGCACGCGCCCGUCGUAGCCCAGGCUCUGCAGCCGGUUCAUGAUGCUUACGUAGCGCUGCGUGAGUGUCUGGCACAGCUCUUCAUCCAGCUUGUGGUCGCUGGGGCUCAGGGAGGCCUGAGGGGAGAGCGGCGGCCGUCAGGGCCCCUCCUGCUCCCACCGCCACAAAGGCAAGAGAGGGGCAGGUGCGGCUGAGGGGCGUGGCUGUGGCGAUGUGCUGGAGGGAGGUGUCCUGGAGGCCCUGGGAGAGAGGUCUGGGGACUGGCAGCAGCCCGGCGGGUCUCCACCCGCUUCUUUACCGCCUGUGCCUUCCAACCGGGCAGUGACUGCGUCCCGCGGCAUCUCGCCAGGAGAGCGGCCCCUCCUCCCCACUCCUGCCGUUGCCUCUCGGGCAUGUGACCUGGACAUUCACUCAGGGCCCCGGCUCAGAAGGGCCCACACUCAGCUCAAUGUCCUGCUGUAGCCAUCUUGAAGUUCUUUAUAGGUUUGAACAGAGAGCCCUGUAUUUCAUUUUCACCGAGUCCUGCGCAUUACGUCUCUGUCACACGUGCAGCUGCCCCCAGGCCCACAGAAUGUCAGGUCUGAAGUAGAUGGGGUCUCUUGCCUGAGGCCCUCCUACACGUCCCACCUCUUGGGGCCAGGCCUGACCUGCAAGGUCCCCACUCUGGCCCUGCUCAUCCCCUUCCAACCAUUCCUGGAUGCCCGCCUGCUGGUUCCUAACCUGCUGGGAUGAGCUGCUGAGGCGUCACUUUCUCCGAGAAUGUCCCCUGUCCUUUCCUCCCCAGGUGGUCUUGUGAAUAGAGCACGGGACUCCUGGCUCGGCUCAGCCAAAGUGACGCCUGACCGCUGGCAGACGUACCUGGAGCCCUGUGCUCAGCACCCCUGCUGCACGGUCACUGGAGUAAGCUCAUCUCCCUGCCUCUAGGCUCCUCCCGGCCCCUGAGCCUUCUCCCUCCUUUCACCUGCUCCUGUACCAUCAGGCAGGCUGCAGGAGUUCAGCCACCAUCUGUGGGUGACGAGUGGGGCCGCUGGACGGCGCAGAGCACAGUGAGUGGGUAGCUUUAAGCCCCAGCCCCCGAGGACAUCAGAACCCAUUAUAUGCUCACUCCGGGGCUGUGGCUGAGCUCCUGCUGUGUGCUAGACGCAGCGCAUGGAGCUCCAGACAGGAGCAGAAGUCAGGGGUGGGCACCCUGCGCCCACCCUGCCAGGGUACUGGACGGGGAAGAGCAGUGUGGGCACACUUACACUGAGACGCAAGGCUGCGGCUGCCCCGAGGAGCUGACCUCUUGAGAGAGGAGCACAGGUGAGGCAAGUGAGGGGGGACAAGCAGGACAAGCACUCCACAGAAGCGAGGGAGCAGCCGGCACCGGAGCAAGAGAGGGGGAGGGCUCUGUCCUGCAGAUAAUUCGCAGCCCUCCCCUGUGCAGGGCACCAUACCAGGUGAUGGGAUUCAAGUGUGAGCAAAGCCCUCUGAGUUUAUGGUGAUGACAGCGCCAAGGAGAGGGACGCUACUGUGAGUGUUGCCGCGGGGAGGGGACUCUGGAGGGGAGAGGGUGCUGGGCUGAGGUCUGAGGGACGAGGAUUCAGGAGGAAAGAAACUUCCAGGACAAGGAACAGCAUGCGUGGCUUGGAAGGUACCAGGAGGCAGAGCACAGAGCAAGGAGAGGGGCCCACAGGGAGGGCUGGGUUCAGGGACCGCUUCUGUCCCCACACUGGGUCUGAGCCUCCCCUGCUCUGACACGGAGGAAAGCAAACCACCUGACAGCUGCUUUGAAGAGUAAAGGAAAUGUCUCUAGGGGGUGCUGAGCACAGCAUCUGUACCGGUGUGCACCCCCUUGAGGCGGUCCCGGCUCCAGGGGACGGACACAUCAGUGGGCUCUCACGUUGAGCAGAAUUGUGUUUCAAAGGAAUGGAGGAGGGGUGACAUAGUUGGCCAGGAUGAGGCCAGGGUAUAUACAGGCAGGGAGGAGGCAGCAAAGCCAUCUCAGUGCCUAGCUCCCAGCCUCAACUCUCCUGCCCCCCGUAGCAUGUGUCACCCCCUGGACCUGUAGCAUACAUAUUUAUGGCUUUUCUUAUUUAUUGAAGGCCUCCCCAGGAGUGGGCGAGCUCCUGGAGCGCAGAGACCGUCUGAUAUAAACUUGGUAUGCACUGAAUGCUCCAUAAUAGGAGUAAAGAGAUGGAGGGGAAGGAUAGUAAGGUGCCAGCAGUUUAGUCCAGGGCCUAGGUGAAUGUAGACGCAGGCGUAUACAUGGGAAACAUCUUUAGAGGGAGACUCAGCAGAGGACCUGGUGCUGGACCAGAUGUGGAGGAGAGAACGGGUGCUACCAAAUACGCACGCACCUGCAAGAAACUGAGCACAUGUGUUCACCACCCAGUCUUUCCAUUCUGGAAACGACGCCGACCACGUGUUCAGUGCUAAGGGAAACGGCGGCAAAGGUUCAGCCCUUGUUCCCGUUAGAAAGCAACGCUCAAGAGGCGGCCGCGCGUCCCUCAGAGGGCGGAGACUGGAGCGUGCAUCCUGACUCUUGGGUUAGAGAGAAAAUCCAAAGCAGUUUGUGAAAUCCUUACACCUGAGAAGCCCCCGCCCGUGGGUGGGAGGCCACCGGGCCGGGCGGGUCCACCUGCUGCACCACUGGUUAAAUAUAGAGCGAACUGCCUUGCCCCACACGUAUUUCCAAACACAGGCUGUGUAAAAUAAAAUGACUUAAGUGCUCAGCCCAAGAAGGAGGAAUAAAGCAAACCAAAAGGAAGCAGAAGGAAAGAAAGACCUGAACCGAGGAAAAGGAAUCCUAAGGAUCAACAGAGGAUCAGCAAGAAAACCCCGCGAGCGCACCGAAGCCCCGCCUUCCCCUGCGGAAGGAAACUCCCACCUGCGACCCCGCGUCCGCGACGGCAGCAAGGCCUGACGUCACCGAGACCGGGCCAAUGGGCUCGGCGUGUUCGCGAGAUAAGUAGCGAAGCUGCAGAAGUCGUAAAUAACCGCAAACGGCAUCUGGAGGCGUUAAAAACACGAGGGUGGGGCGCCUGGGGGGCUCAGCUGGUUAAGCGUGGGACUUCGGCUCAGGUCAUGAUCUCACGGCUCGUGAGUUCAAGCCCCACGUUAGCUCAGAGCCUGGAUCCUGUUUUGGAUUCUGUGUCUCCCCAUCCCCCCCCCCCCACUGCCCCUCCCACACCUGAUCGCGCGCCCUCUUUCUCCCCCUCUCUCAAAAACAAAAACACCAGGAUACAGUGCGGUUUAUGAUCAGAAUACCUUCUCAUGUGUCCUUCCGAAAUGUUGGGAGGGAGGGAGGGAAAACUCGUGUGAUCUUUUCAAUGAAAGGCAGAAAAUACAUUCAUAAAAGUAUUCAUGAUUAAGAAAACCCCCCAAAGGUGUCAAUGAAUGAGGAAGAGGAAAAACUUAACCUGAUGUGGCAGGGGCUGAAGCUGCCUCAUCAGGCUUCCGUUCUAGUGCUUCUAGUGCUUUUCUGAAGCUGAAAGCCUUUUCCAGACUCGCCUGUGGCUUAGCGACCUCUGCGACCUGGGCUUCUGCCCAGCAGGGCCCGUGAGUGGAACUUACAGGCGGAUGUGGAUGCCGGGAGACAGUGGUGCCCAGGGAGAGCAGGGGUCCCCGAGAGUGCAGUGGCUAUGACCCUGGUUCUUCAGGGGCAGCCAUACCAACUUCUGUGCCCAGUUUUGUGUCCUCACCUAAACAAGUAUAAUAAAGCUCUUUCUGUUUACAUCA